AGCAUUCUGGGCUGGGAAGUAGGACUUCAGACAGAGAAGAUGCUGAGCUCUAUCAAAUGCGUGUUGGUAGGGGACAGUGCCGUGGGGAAGACAUCGCUACUGGUACGCUUCACCUCCGAGACCUUCCCGGAGGCUUACAAGCCCACGGUGUAUGAGAAUACUGGCGUGGAUGUCUUCAUGGACGGCAUCCAGAUCAGCCUGGGCCUCUGGGACACUGCGGGCAACGACGCCUUCAGAAGCAUCCGCCCCCUGUCCUACCAGCAGGCAGAUGUGGUACUGAUGUGUUACUCUGUGGCCAAUCACAACUCAUUCCUGAAUCUGAAGAACAAAUGGAUUAGUGAGAUCAGGAGCAAUCUACCCUGCACUCCAGUGUUGGUUGUGGCCACACAGACUGACCAGAGAGAGUCAGGACCCCACAGGGCCUCCUGCAUCAAUGCCAUAGAAGGAAAGAGACUUGCCCAGGAUGUGCGAGCCAAGGGCUACCUGGAGUGCUCAGCCCUUAGCAACCGGGGAGUACAGCAGGUAUUUGAAUGUGCUGUCCGGACGGCUGUCAAUCAGGCCAGGAGACGAAACAGAAGGAAGUUCUUCUCCAUCAAUGAGUGCAAGAUCUUCUAAACCUCAAGGUCCUGCACCCAAUAUUCACGAACAUACCUCAGAGACUAAUGGGAGAGUGGAAGGUGGCAAGCAAGGGGCUGAUGCUCUUUCUCGGCACAUUUGAACAGCCUUUCUUUCUGGAUAGAGUUACCGGGGAGGUUGGGCACUGCUGCCUCCACUAACUGUGCUCUACAGAUACAUUCUUUGCCCAGCACAGCCAGAGAGAUUCCUUGGGAAGCCAUAUGAAUAGUCCAUCUUCAAUGAAAAACUAAAACAAGCAUCCUAACUUAGACAAUGGAGUGAAUUUCCCAAGUAUGCCAUAUUUAAACUCACAUUUUAUUUAAAUAAUAAUCAACUCUACAGCUUUUGUUUUCAUGCUUGGGAAGUCUUCGAAAAGGCAAGCUGCUGCAUGAGGGGAAUAACUUUGUGGGGCUCAACCAUAUGUCUGUAGUGCUACUAUUUUCUCCUGAAUCUAAUUUGGUUGAAACGACUUGCGUGCUGUGUUUCUCUGGAUAACCACACUUUCAAAUGACCAUAAACGUGUCCCUGCAACUCGUUUUUCAUUUCCCUAUUACUCAGAGUUGUGUUUAAAAUACAGCUUCAGGCUGUAAGGUAUUUUAACACCACCAAAUGAAAUUGAACAGUUAUUAGGUUUUCUAUGUAAAUACAAAAAAAUAUUUCUUA